AUGACUUCGUCCGAAAUUACAGAAGAGCACGCUACCGCCGUGGUCGAAGACCUGACCAACGGCUUCACAGCCAAUCGGCCUGUCUCGGACACCGACACAAGCACGACAGUCAGAGGUUCAGCUUCCAACACCCUCGUCAGUGGCGAGCCUGUGGGAGACAGUGCGACGCGAAGUAGUUCUGCCGCUGUAGCUCGCCACAACAAUCAGGAUAUCGAGCCUCCUACUGCCGACAAUAAUCUCAAACCUGAUAUUACGUACGAGAGGGCGCCAACGACAGCCGAGGCUGUUAAGCACGCUCCUGCGUUUGAUACGAAUAAUGCUACAAUGGAUGAUGAAUAG